AUGACGGACAAAUUACCUCCAAACUUAUUAGCGCUUUUUGCACCGAGACCACCGCUUCCAUACUCGAAGCCAUUAGAUCGGGAUCCAGCUAAGCGUAGGGGUCCCACGAUUACGGGACUUGGUUCGUAUGCACCAUCUUUAUCAGACUAUGAUCCUAAUUAUGUACCAACAGAAACUGUUGAAGAAAAAAAGAAACGAAAACUUGAAGAAAAAAAACAGAAGGCGGAAGAAGCGGUCAAAAAAGGUCUUGAAGAAUGGGAGCCAAAUAAAGAUGAUAAUGUAACGGGUGAUCCCUUUAAAACUCUGUUUGUCGCUAGAAUGAGUUACGAAAUGACAGAAAAAGAUUUGCGAAGAGAAUUCGAGAUGUAUGGACCCAUCGAAAGUAUACGAAUUGUGAAAAACAAAGCAAAUGGGAAACCUCGAGGUUAUGCAUUUGUUGAAUUUGAAAGAGAAAAAGAUAUGAAAGCUGCAUAUAAAGAUGCUGAUGGCGUUAAACUUUUAGGUAGACGUAUUCUUGUGGAUGUAGAGCGUGGUCGAACUGUAAAAGGUUGGAGACCACGUCGUCUUGGUGGCGGACUUGGAGGAACACGGAUAGGAGGUCCUGAUCAAAAUCAAAAAUAUUCUGGUAGAGAAGGUUCAUACGCUCUUCAUACAACACAUCCUCCUCCUAGCGUAGGGUAUGAUAGAGACUAUCGUUCUAAUUACCGUGGAGCUACUCCAGUUACUUCAAUAGAAGACGUCGGAGCCGAUCGCGAAGUCCUAGAAGAGAUGAUAGGUAUUCAAGAGAUAGAAGGAGGGAUCGCAGAUAAUCAAAUCUGUUUAAGUGUCAUACGUAGGGUUGUAUUCAACUCUGUGUUAUCGUUGUUAUCGUAUAAGCCAAUUCAUUUGACAGUUUUAGGACAAGAUUCGCAACCAAAAACUCGAUUUCUUAGUGUUAAAUUUAGAAAAUAG